AUGACGGCAGGAUUAGGAUCAACUUCGAACUUUUUGGAAUUCGAAGUUUUUGGCGACAAAAAACGUCGCUUAUAUAGUUUUUACGCAAUUAAUGACUUAAAGCGUCGUGCUAAUGCUGUGAGACUUGUGAAUUAA